UUGAGCAUUGAUUCCAAAACCCUAAUCGGAAUCGUUUUCGUUCGAUCGGAGGAGCUCUGCCAUGGAGGGAGACUUGGAGUUGGAUGAGACAGCUCCGCCGACAAGAGUUCGCCACAUCAAGAAGCGAGCUCUCAAGAACAAAGGCCUCAGUGUCUCUUUCAACGAGAAAGAUCUCAGGGACUUUGUGGAUGGUUUUCACAAGAGGAAGAAGAAGAGGAGAAAGGAAGCACAGAAGCAGCAGGAGGAAACACUGCGUAAGAAACGUAUCGAGGCCCGUAAAAAGCGGAAAUUGGAAGAACAAUUUGUCGCUGGAGCUGGUCAAAAUGUCGAAAACGAAGAAGAAGGAGAAGAAGUGCAAGAACCAGAGGAGCCGGAUGCAUCGGUUUCUGGGACGAUGACAUAUGACACCGGAGAUUUGAAAGUCACGGUUACAACGAGUGAAAUCUCUCACGAAGAAGACGAGGCUAACGUAACAUCUCGACCAACUGCCUCGAAAUCUGUCGGGAGAGCCCCUGUCGUAGCCAAGCAGCCUGUGCCCGUGAAGAAAACGAAAACUUUCAAGAAGGCGAGGAAGAAACGCAAGUCGGGUUCGAAACCCGAGGGGAAAAGAGAUAAAAGGAAACGAUCGAAACAGAACAAGAAGUCUCGGUAGUAGCCAGCCAGACGAGAUCCUUCCUCCUUGCCCCAUCGAAGUCACAGCGAUGUUCUUGAAGCUUUUACCAGAAUGUUUGAGAUUGUAGUUAAUCUUCCAUUACCAGAUUGUAGUUAAUAUAUUCAGUUUUCAUUAAAAAAAAAAGAUAUCAUUUUGCGAAUAUAUUUUUAUUUCCG